AUGGCGGGUGCUCCUGCCCAGGAUGAUGAUGACCUGAUACGGGAUGAAGACUAUGUUCCGGACCCCAAUUCACAACCACCAUCCGCAGGAGCCCAUAUUAAUGCUAGAGUGCAUGGAAUAGGGCCUGUUGUGUGGCUGCUUUCGCUGACAUAUUUACUUGCCAUGGUUGUCGCCCAUCACAUGCGCUUGUUUUGCAUGAUUGCAUCUGAGUUGAAUCAAACGACACGAUCCGUUGUGUUUGUUCAGAUGUGCGCGUGGUUUCGAUCUCUCUCGCGGAAUGGCUCUGCGUUUCUGCGAGCUGGGCCUCGAGUUGGGUUUGUACCUACUCGGACGCUGCAGCUGCCUCCGUGCUACUUGCUACCCCACUGUCCUGUGCCAGCUUCUGACUACACUCCGGUUCUUAUUGAGGUGUUUGUACAGGGCGCGGCGUAUCUCGACAACGACUUACGCAGGGGCUUUAGCAAUAGAAAGAAAAACACUGCACGGACAUGUUACAAUAUAGGUACUAGAGAAGGGUCGAGCUUCGUCGGCAGUAACCUUGUUCAAUAA